AUGAAGCCAGCAGAGAUCAGAUUCUCUCUACAGAGACCUCUACAGCACAGAGAUCCAGACAUGGCACCUACAAUCACUGCAGCAAUGACCGAUUCUCAGGAGCAUCUGACUCUGACCCACAAGCUCAGAAAGCCUCUGGUGGAGAAGUUACGCAGAGAGCGAAUCAACAGCAGCAUUGAGCAGCUCAAGUCUGUCCUGGGUCCAGAGUUCCUCAAACAGCAGCUAGACGCCAAGCUGGAGAAAGCAGACAUCCUGGAGAUGACAGUUUGUGUCCUGAGACGACUGCAGCAGCAGAAGCAUCAACCUGCAGACUCAGCAGCUGUCAAUCAAGGCUACUCCAGGUGUGUCCAAGAGGUGACACACUUCCUGUCCAAGGAGGAGGUGGAGACACAGUCCCAGAGAAGACUGCUGAAGCACUUCAACAAGCUGCAGUCUUCCUCUGAUAACAACCUGAGAGAGGCUGACUUCUCUCUUCUGAGCUCCACAGUCCAGACCAGCAUCACCAAAGAGAAGAGUCCAGUCAACAGCGCCCUCUGGAGGCCGUGGUAGACACCUACAGACUGGAGUUACUACCAGACUAACUGAGAUGACCACAUUGGUCAAAAGUUAUUACCAGACACAUUAUGCUAAUAGAGGUGUCUGUGCAAAGUUAAUAUCAAGGUCAUAUUGGACUGAAAUUUCCAUUUACUUUUGGGAAUUAUAUUUUCAAAGAAAAUUAAUCUUAUUUGUGUGAAAAUAUUGAGCAGCACAAAAUUGUAUUCUAUGAAUACCAUAUGUUCUCUUAUUGAUUUAUCAAUAUAAUCAUAUUUUUGGCCAAUAUUGGCCAGUAUUAUCACUCCUGCCCUAAAGUCCUAUAAGUCUUCUGUAUCAGAUUGAUCCAUUGACAGGAGCUGGCAAAUCUAAGCUACUUUCUGGUAGCACAUUUCCCUGACUUUUUAUUUUGUAAAAGAUUAUUGACUCAUGUUGGGUUUUGAAGUCAUCUGUUCAGUCAUCAACAUGUUCUGUUGUGUCAACAGUACAAAUGUAUAUCUGAAUGUUAUUUGCUCUCAUUGUAAGAGAGUUGGUUGACUUUGUUUAGCUUGUACUAAACGAUUCUCUGUGUUUUGUAAAAAGCUGCUAACUCUGCUCUAUUUGAGUGCAUUGUUUUGGACAACAAGUUUUUACUGUGAUGCAUCAUCACCACCAGUGCCUCUAUGAUGUGACCCAUUCAAUAUGUUUGAAUAAAAAGCAUCAACUGAA